UCGGCUGUAAGCGACUGUUAUGGGGCGAAUGAUUAAUUACGUCGGAGUGAAAUACUUGUCUGCCACUUUGUGGUUCCAAUAAAUUAAGAGCUCCCAGGACUCACACGUACACAGGUGAGGAGUUGGACCCGUAGCGCGUAGAGGGGCUGCAGCGCAUCGUUACUGCAGACACACAAGGAUACGCUGGACGUGAACUGGGACCAGUGAAGAGCAAAUUCUCCACCCAAACAAGAACUCUUUGGAUUGGCUUCAUGUCGUUUUUUAAAACUACGCCUUGGAGGAAUAUUAGAGGUUUGUAAGCACAUCCCUAUGGUUGGAAGUCAGACGCUUCGAAUGGACAGCGGUAAUUGUUCCGGGACUGUGGUGGAUGACAGCCCAGCUUCCAGUCCGAGCUCCAGUCCCAGUCCGGACGGUGGUCGCCGCGAGCUACACCGGGCCAGGGUGCUUCAAACCGGCGGGCUCGGCGGAAGAGGACGCCCGGCAGCAGCUAACGCAGCGCGGGAGAGGAGCCGCGUGCAAACCCUGAGAAAUGCUUUCCUGGAACUCCAAAGGACUUUGCCUUCAGUGCCGCCGGAUACCAAGCUGUCCAAACUCGACGUGUUGAUACUGGCCACCACCUAUAUUGCCCAUUUAACUCGAACACUACAAGAGGAAGGCUCCGAGGAGGGAGAGAGCACAAAACAAACAGAGGCGUUACACUCAUUGAAAGGUGAAGGCUACCUGCACCCAGUAAAGAAAUGGCCAAUGCGAUCCAGAUUGUACGUCGGAGCAAGCGGACAGUUCCUGAACAAUCCUUCAGAAUCAGAGAACCAAGGCCCAUCGUCGUCCACCUCCCAGUAACAUACUUAUGGCAGGCUGUAUAUCUGCAUGAGUCCAUGCUUUCAUUCAGGAGCAGCAGCAUUUACCUUAUGAUUGCAAAACAAUUCGCAAAUAUAACUGUCAGUUAAGACCAUACCAAUAAAAAAUACAUUGUAAAUUAAUAUAUUACCUGAAUUCUAUUGUCUUAAUUUUACAAAAAAAAAAGCAUGCUUAAUGUUUCUCUGUUGUUAUUUUGUCCUGUUUGCAUUGUGCAGUUCCACACAUGUCCCAGGUAUGAUAUUUGCAGAAAUUCAGUGGGGUAACGAGCCCGUCAUGCUUGAGCGUGCACUUUGACUUGAGACAUUUGCACUAAAUGCAUGUGUGAAUAACUUAACAUCUGUCAUGUGAAGUGGUCU